GGCAGGGCUGUCUGAGGGAAUGCGGGCGGCCAAGAUGGCUGCUGCCGCCGUCGCCGCCGGGCGUCACCUGCUGAGGAGCCGCGGCCAGCUGCGGGUGCCGCUGCGAUGGAGAGGCCAGGCCACGGCCGCCGCGGUGACGGAGAGCGCCAAGCCGCAGGUCCAGCCCCAGGAGCGGAAACCUAAAACAGGAAUCUUGAUGUUGAACAUGGGAGGCCCGGAGCGGCUGGAUGACGUCCACGAUUUCCUGCUGCGUCUCUUCCUGGACAGAGAUCUGAUGACCCUUCCAGUUCAAAAUAAAUUGGCUCCGCUCAUUGCCAAGCGCCGCACCCCGAAGAUCCAGGAGCAGUACAGCAGGAUCGGCGGGGGCUCCCCCAUCAAGAAGUGGACAGCGGUGCAGGGAGAGGGCAUGGUGAAGCUGCUGGACAGCAUGUCUCCUCGCACUGCGCCUCACAAGUACUACAUCGGCUUCCGCUACGUGCAUCCGCUGACGGAGGAGGCCAUCGAGGAGAUGGAGAGGGAUGGCAUCCAGAGGGCCAUUGCCUUCACCCAGUACCCCCAGUACAGCUGCUCCACCACAGGAAGCAGUUUAAAUGCCAUUUAUCGCUACUAUAACCAGAAAGGGGAGAAGCCAAAGAUGAAGUGGAGCAUAAUUGACCGAUGGCCCACACAUCCCCUUCUCAUUCAGUGCUUUGCUGAUAACAUCCAGAAGGAGCUGAACCUGUUCCCACCAGACAAAAGGAAAGAGGUGGUCAUCCUCUUCUCAGCCCACUCGCUGCCCAUGUCUGUGGUGAACCGCGGUGAUCCCUACCCUCAGGAAGUGGGAGCUACUGUCCAGAGGGUCAUGGAGAAGCUCAACUACUCCAACCCUUACAGGCUUGUGUGGCAGUCCAAGGUUGGACCAAUGCCCUGGCUUGGUCCCCAGACAGACGAGACCAUUAAAGGCCUGUGCCAGCGAGGAAAGAAGAACAUGUUGCUGGUCCCAAUAGCAUUUACGAGUGACCACAUUGAGACACUGUAUGAGCUGGACAUCGAGUAUGCCCAGGUUUUAGCCAACGAGUGUGGAGUUGAAAACAUCAGAAGAGCGGAGUCUCUCAAUGGAAAUCCACUGUUCUCCAAGGCCCUGGCAGACCUGGUGUGCUCCCACCUGCAGUCCAACGAGGUGUGCUCCCGCCAGCUGACCCUGUGCUGCCCGCUCUGCGUCAACCCCGUGUGCAGGGAGACCAAGGCGUUCUUCAGCAGCCAGGCCCUGUGAGCCGGGCGGGCGGGACGCUGCCCCGGGCAGGACGGGCCAGCAGCCCCCGGGCUGGGGGCUCAGUGCUGCCGUGUCCCGUCACAGCACGCAGAACCUGCCUUCGGGGCAGCUCUUCUCAUCUUUUCUUCGUUUGAGAGGAGUUGUAGGAAGUAGGGAAAUAAGGGCAUUUAUCCUGUCAGGUGUGAGAUCUCGUGUCAUCCGUGGCGUGAGCCCAGCAGGACGCGCUGAAAACCCUACACAGCUUUUUUACAAUUAGCUUCUAUUUCUAUGCAGGGAUUUACUUGUAUGCAGGGUGGUCACAAGUUCAUGAACUUGCCAGGUCGAAGAUACACUUAUUUUGGUUUUGCUUAAGGUGCACUCUGACCAGCACAGUCUGUUGUCUGUUCUGAGAGGGACUUUGCAGCUGGCUUGGAGACUUUGGAGACCAAGUUACUUCUAAUGCUUUUUAAUAAGGUGUGUGUAUAUAUAAUAUUUUUUUUUUUUUUAGAGCAUAAAGAUAAGGCUUUGUUUUGGU